UGGACGGAUGCAUCGUGAGGCAACGCAGUUAGCGGGCGGCCAGUCAGCAAACAUGAGCCUCAACACAGUUUCGACUUGCUUCUUGCUUGCGUGUCUUCAAGUAGGGAGCUAUGGGUCAGACUGUAGGACUUCGAAGCCCGAUUCUGAACUGUCUCGGCUGAAGAAACAGCUCUCUUGCGGUUAUAGCAUCAGUACGGCGCCACAGGCCGGCCAGAACAGCAGCACCCUGGUUCACCUUUACCUAGUCCUGCGUCGUUUCACGUUUAACGAGGAGUUCGAGAUAAUACACGUGUACUAUGGGGCUUAUAUGGUGUGGAUGGACGUGCGUCUGAAGUGGGACCCUUCAGAAUUUGGAAACAUCAAGGAGCUUUAUACCAACAGUAGUCUCAUAUGGACUCCUAAGUUUGGAUGGGUAAACAUAAACGCAGACAUUGACAGCUUGCUCAAGGGGAUGGCUCAUUGCCUUCUGAGGUGGAGCGGCUAUGUGAUGUGUAUCUCGUGGUCUUCGAUCCACACAAUUUGCCAGACUGACAUCACACACUGGCCUUAUGACUCGCAAGUGUGUGAGGCACAGCUGGCCCCUUGGAAACUGCAACACGAAGAGCUGGAACUUCUUGUCGAUGGCAACAUGAAGACAGUCAUCUUCGUGAUUUAACUACGUUACAGCG